UGAGACCCUGGAGGAGCAACACUGCUGACCUCAGGCAUCUUCUUCCACUAAGUAUGGCGACCCCAGAUGUGAGCGUCCACAUGGAAGAGGUGGUGGUUGUGACAACUCCAGACACUGCAGUUGACGGUAGUGGUGUGGAGGAAGUGAAGACAGUGCUUGUAACAACAAAUCUAGCCCCUCAUGGGGGUGACUUGACAGAAGAUAACAUGGAAACAGAAAAUGCAGCUGCUGCAGCUGCUGCAGCCUUCACAGCCUCUUCACAGCUCAAGGAAGCAGUGUUAGUGAAGAUGGCUGAAGAGGGGGAGAACUUAGAGGCUGAGAUUGUGUACCCCAUCACUUGCGGAGACAGCAGAGCUAACCUCAUUUGGAGGAAGUUUGUGUGCCCUGGCAUCAAUGUGAAAUGUGUUCAGUACGAUGAGCAUGUGAUCAGCCCAAAGGAGUUUGUGCACCUGGCAGGGAAAUCUACCUUGAAGGAUUGGAAGAGAGCCAUCCGGAUGAACGGCAUCAUGCUCAGGAAGAUCAUGGACUCUGGGGAGCUCGACUUCUACCAGCAUGACAAGGUCUGCUCUAAUACCUGUCGCAGCACAAAGAUUGACCUCUCUGGGGCCCGUGUGUCCCUGAGCAGCCCGACAUCCACAGAGUACAUCCCACUCACACCAGCUGCAGCUGAUGUGAAUGGCUCACCUGCUACCAUCACCAUAGAGACCUGUGAGGACCCUGGUGACUGGACCACAGCCAUUGGAGAUGACACAUUUGCAUUCUGGCGGGGACUAAAGGAUGCAGGCUUACUUGAUGAAGUCAUACAGGAAUUCCAACAGGAGCUGGAGGAAACCAUGAAAGGCUUGCAGCAGCGAGUACAGGACCCACCCCUGCAGCUCCGAGAUGCUGUCCUCCUCAACAACAUCGUGCAAAACUUUGGCAUGCUGGAUCUGGUGAAGAAGGUGCUGGCCAGCCACAAGUGCCAGAUGGACCGCUCUCGGGAACAGUAUGCCCGGGACCUGGCAGCCCUGGAACAGCAGUGCGAUGAGCACCGUCGCCGUGCCAAGGAGCUGAAGCACAAGUCCCAGCACCUCAGCAAUGUGCUCAUGACGCUGACGCCAGUCUCCCUGCCAUCCCCUAUGAAGCGGCCCCGUCUUGCACGAGCUACGUCCGGACCAGCUGCUAUGGCUUCCCAGGUGCUUACACAGUCUACACAGAUUGCUCUUGGUCCAGGAAUGCCUGUGUCUCAGCUGACCAGUAUGCCACUUAGCAAAGUGGUAUCUACACUGCCCUCCACUGUCCUGGGUAAGGGUUCUCCUCAAGCUGCCCCAGCCAGUUCACCGGCCUCCCCACUGCUUGGGGGCUACACAGUCCUGGCCUCCUCUGGCUCAACCUUCCCCAGCACGGUAGAGAUCCAUCCGGACACAUCCAGCCUCACAGUUCUGAGCACAGCUGCCAUGCAGGAUGGCAGCACAGUACUCAAGGUGGUCAGCCCACUGCAGCUGCUCACUCUGCCUGGCCUGGGACCCACCUUGCAGAAUGUGGCCCAGGCCUCACCUGCAGGCAGCACCAUCAUGACAGUGCCCACAGCAGCUGCUGCUGGACCUGAGGAACACACAGCCACUAUUGAGGUGGCUGCUGUAGCGGAUGACCAUGAGCAGAAGUAGCUGGCAGGGUGGGUAAGAUCCUUCCAAGUUGGGCUGGCUGCCUCUCCUCAGGCCACUGCAGGCAGAGGCCACUACAGACACAGGCCACAGGGCUGGCUCAGCACAGGCAGGUCUGAUGGGCUGAACCAAAGAGAGGAUUGCCGGAUGAAUCAAGAGAAGAAAAGGGGGCGGAAUGAUGCCAGCAACCUGGAAAAUCAGUCUUCAGCUUCUAAACUUCCUCCCUUUUUUUCGUGGGAAAUACUGUUUUCCAUCUGUUGCUUAUUAAUCCUGUUUACACAUUGGGCCUUGAGCAGGAACCAGGGGGUCAGUGACCAGGAGGAGGCCUGGGUGCUUCUGGUUCAGCUGCAGAGCCAGCUCCAGAGCCCAGCUGAUCACAGGUCCGAGUGCUUGCACCCCAAUGGGGCUGAGCCUGCUGGGCCAUUAUUGACACAGGUCUUGGGCAGCAUGCCCGAGUGUGGAAGCCAUAGAUCCUAUGGAUUUGGUCUCUUCCCACAGUUCUCUGUAGGUUCAGUAUGGCCAGUGUCCAUGUUCCUUCACUGUGGGAACAUGCUCUGGGGCUUAGUGCAGACCCGAGUCAGGACCCCUUCCUACCCCACAGGCACUCAGGUGGUGAAGGGGUCUCAUGGACCUGGUAUGUUCUAGACCCCUUUGCACAUGGGCUGUGUUUUUAAGUGAAUUGCUUAGUAGGCUUCUAGGAAAAAAGUAAAUUUAUAGUGUUUUCAACCAAAACAAUUCUGAGUGCCUAGGCUCCCGAGUCAGUUCUGGGAGGGACCCAGAGCACCUGUCCACACACCUAGCCGCUGCUAGAGGUCUUAGGUAGUGUCUGUCCCUGAGACAAAGCUCUGGAGGAUCUGUAUGGAAGUACGCCCGAGACUUGGAGUAGUUAGAUAACUCCCUAUGUGCAGCCUGCACUUAUAGCCCCCAUAAUAGCGCCCCUAAAUUUUCCCUGGAGGUAGAGCAGAAGCUCUCUGGUCAAUACUCAGUGUCUCUAUCUUAAGAGCCCCUGGGUGUGUGAGAAGGCUGUUUAGAAUUGGAGGGUCGGUCAGCUGGGAGAUAGGAUCCAGAAUGUUCCAUGGAAGGCUGUCUGCAGGCAGUUUUUACAGGUCUGGUUGGUUCCAUGCAAAGGGCUAUCCUUUAGGCCAGAGUCCUUGGAGCCAAACAAUUCAGGGAACAGAGUUUUGGCCUCUUGGUAAGGUAUGUCCUGGGAUAGUCCUAAGGUGCCUCUUGAACCUCCUGUUCCAUCAACUGAAGGCUUUCCUUUCAAAGACCCCACAGCAGGGAGGGACCACUGUCCAACCAUCCAUCCCUCUUGAGUGCCCAGAUCCUUUUACACCUUUGCUAUGACUGGGGCCUUGCCUGCCCCUGCUCUCACCCCAUGUCAAGCUACUGAGGUUCUAGCUCUUGUUUUCCUUCUGUUACAUCAUUGUUCACUGUGGUCAUGAAUCGGCUGGUUUUGGCAGAUGUUUACCUGUUUAUGUAUAUAUCCCUUUUUAAAAACUUUUUUUUCCUCGAGUUACAAGUCCUGUUAAAUGCAGCAGUGUGAUUCUAGGAGUAUCGGAAGGACCAGUAGGAUGGGUACUGUCCAGAAGUCCCUGCUCUACAAGCUCAGACUAGAUUAGUGUCACAAAUAAAACCUUCCUGCCCUGGGAACCAAGAGCCUUUCCUUUGCACAAGUCCCAGGUGCCACCUUCUUUUUAGGAUGUGGGCUAGUUUUCUUUCUUCGUAAGAGCAAGGUUGAAACCUUUUCAGCCCUUGACGUUUGCCACAUGGAGGUACUGGAAGGUGAAAUUCGUUUUAGAGCCAUACAAAAGUAACCUCAAAUCAGCUUCAGAAUUAGUUCACACAACCCAUUCCCAGUGUCCCCAGAGGCUGUCCAUAGCCCACCCUCCAAGACUGUUCCCGGCAGGCCAGGGAGGGUUCUGCAGGGCAGAGAAGGGCCAGUAGUCCCAUCGGCAUGGAGCUUACGGUUCUGGGGGAGGAAGUGACCAUUGCCCACCACCUGUUUGCUCCUGCCUCUUGUGGUUCCUACUGACUCCUCUGUUGCUGCGUUCCCCGCCCAUUGGGCCAUCCAGGAUCCAGGAAGGAAGGUCUUCCCCUCCACAUGCAAACAUGGGUGCUUGUGGCCGCUUUCAGUUUGGUUUUCUGAGGAAAUAGGAAGGAUUUGGUUUGCAGAGGGUGCAAGCUCCUUCCUAUGCCUGCCCAGGAGGCAUGCAGGGAAGGGCAAGUUUGAGUUCCUUGAGUUCUACUUUGUAUGUUGUUAAGCAAGUAUCUGCUUGGUACUUUGAUUUAAAAUAAAAACACUUUUGUAAUUUGUGUGUUUGUCUCUUGCGAUGAAAGCUGUGGAAGAAACCAAAUUUAACUUGUAAAAACAUGCCCCUUGUGACAGUGCUGGCUUUUUUCAGGUUCUUUAGGCACAUCUGCCC